CAAAGAGUCACAUGUGCCCCGCCCCCCUCUCCUUCGCUACGGAGGUCCCUAGCAACGCCGGCCCGGAGCUGGUUGCUAUGGGAGGAAGCGCUUCCUGCGGCGCUGGGAGGAAUCACUUCCCGUGGCGGUGAGGCCUGGCCGCUGGAACGGGAGAAACCAGACUUCUUGAGAGUGUUCGUGAAGGAGGAAGAAGCUUCUGCCAUGGCUGCCGAGCUGGAUUUCUCUCCCCCUGAAGUCCCAGAGCCCACGUUCCUGGAGAACGUGCUGCGCUAUGGACUCUUUUUUGGAGCCAUUUUCCAGCUGAUCUGUGUAUUGGCCAUAAUCCUCCCAAUUUCAAAGUCCCAUAAGACAGACUCUGACAGUUUUGAGUUUAAAAGUUCAGAGGUGGUGAAGAAGCCGAAGGUGGCUGCUCCGCAGCUGAGUAAGAAACCCAAGAAGGAAACCAAGAAGAAGAGAUAAAAGGCCUUGUAAAGGAGCCUUAAAGACAAGUGAACUGCACACAGCCAGAUGGUUAAUUUAACUGUCCUAGUCAGUAUGGAUCAUCUCACCUCUGGUGGGGUGGAAAGCUUACACUUGCAUGUCCUCCAUUCUGGCUGGGAUGUGAAGGGAAGCAUGGAAUGGGGGGCAUGUGUUGUGCCACUGAGGAUACCUUUUUCUAAGUCAUUCUUUUAAAGAUAGAUGGGUCAAAUGGAUCAAGGACAUCACACUACCCAGCUUUAUAUUCACUUGUAUUGUUGUUACAUCUAAAAUACAUCAGUGCAUUUUAUUGCUUAGUAGUAAUUGCUUUGUUAGAUUUUUAAAAAACAUAUUCUUCAUAGGUAAUAACUACCCCGAGUCCAGACUCGCCCAGCUCAGGGCUUUCAUUUGCCCCUGUCGCUACCAUUCUGUGACUGCUUUCUUCAGCCACUCUAGUCAUGUAAACACUUUUCCUCUCUGCUUCCAGCCUGAAAGAAAUAUGGAAACCUCAAAACUUUUUGUGGUCAGAAGGGCUGAAAAAAUGCAAGGACUAGGUGAUUACUGGGCUUUCAGAAACACAGAGAUGUUCCAUUAUAGGAAGCGGCAGCAGAGAAGUUAGGAGUAUUGCAAACUGUCUGCCUGCAACAAACAGAACUCUAUGUACCACGUUCUGCUGCUAACAAAGCAUGGAAAUCAUUCUAUCAGUCCUCCCAUCUAUAGUGCUCUUAUGCAAAUUUUGGGUGUGCAUGCAGCUUUUCCUAGCAUAGUAUCCUGUGUUUCCUCUCACUGAACUCCUUCUGAAGUCAACUGUUAUCCUGCCCUGGGAGACAAUGCAAAAUCCACGGGACAAUAAGCUCACUGUGAAGCACAGCAGAGAUGAUGGUGUCUGUUGCUGUAUAGCCAGGCACCUUCAGGCUCUCACAUUGAGGCCAGAGACCUAAUGUUAGAUUUAAAUGUGGCUAGAAAGGAUUGGAAACAUACAUGGUGAUACAGAGGCACUACCCCCAAUGAUAGCUCACAUGCCAGCUUGUUUGAUCACCCGUGGGUCAUUAGUAUGAGAACUGCCGCUUAAAUGCACUUGGAAUUCAGAGCAGCACUAGGAUCUGCUUUGAAGGAAAGUGUUCUGUUGAUUAAUGCUCCUGUCUUGCAGUCAGAUCCACAUGGACAUAUCCCUGCCACACUGCUGCAUCUCUCUGAUGUUAAUGGACACAGGAGGGAUCCAGCUGCAGGUCUGAUGCCUGUCAGUGGGUAUCAGAUAUUACACUGCAUUUGUUCUACAACAUAAGCAAAACAAUAUGUUUGCACUUCUACAAAUUACCACUGCUGAGGUGAGAGACUGAACCAUCUGUUCCUUUUUGUGUUUCUGGGGGUUUUUGGACUCAGAGGGGUCUGACUCAAAUUUCUAAUCGCUUCUCAACUGUGCUGUAGGUACUGUCCCAGAUGCUCUGCCUCCCUGCUCACACAGAUUGUCACUGACAUUGGUUGCUGGAAGCACAUUAGUGGUGGUUAAAACCUGAUUUGGAGAAUCCCUCUGUGAAUUCACUCUUUAUUUGUUCUAAAGUCAAUUUUCAACAGAGUACCGAAUGAAACACUAAUAGACAAAAGAAGACCCCACCCACCCUCUACCCCAACUCCAUAACUAGAAUGAUCUCUCGAUGCAGCAAAAAAAUGUUAUGAAAUAGAUGAUAAAGAACACUCAUCUUUGCAGGCCAUGAGUUCCUUGGUAUGCCCCAUGUUCCUAUCCAGAGACUCCAAGGGAAUGAAAAUAAUUGUUGCUGUCCCAGUACAGGUGCAGCUAAGUUUUGCCGUUCUUUUAAAAAUGAGGACAGAUCAGCACUUGUCAUGUGUCCUGAGCCAGUGAAGCAGUCACUCUUCUUGUGAUUUGAUGGAUUUUUUGAUUUGUUAGAACAGAAGCACAAAGUAUUUUGUGGUAACAUGCAUAUUGCUGGAAAGGCAGAGGGGACUAUGUUGCAGCCUAAAUAGCAUGCUAGUUAAUGGGGAUUGUAUGGUCAUUGCCUUGAAAUGACAGGCCUCCACGUCAACCCAUCAUUUUUUUUGCCAGUCAGAAUUUUAGUCACUCUUUGGUAAACAGGAAUCAUGAAUACUUAGUUUGUUGUUUUUUAAAAAUAGAUGAGGUUCCAGUCUAUUUCUUAGCGUAAUGUAGUUCAGCCCUCUGAUUAGCUAAACAUAUAGGCUCUGCUCACAGAUGAGUAAUACGAUAUGUAUUAAGAACGAGGAGUACUUGUGGCACCUUAGAGACUAACAAAUUUGUUUGAGCAUAAGCUUUCAUGGGCUAAAACCCACUUCAUCGGAUGCAUGCAGUGGAAAAUACAGUAGGAAGAUAUAUAUACACAGAGGACAUGAAAAAAUGUGUGUUGCCAUGCUAACUAUAAUGAGGGUAAUCAAUUAAGCUCGGCUAUUAUCAGCAGGAGAAAAAAAACUUUGCUAGUGAUAAUCAGGAUGGCCCAUUUCCAACAGUUGACGAGAAGGUGUGUGUAACAGUAGGGGGGAAGAUUUCAGUGUAGCAGCCUUGUUAGUCUGUAUCUGCAAAAAGAACAGGAGUACUUGUGGCACCUUAGAGACUAACAAAUUUAUUUCAGCAUAAGCUUUUGUGAGCUACAACUCGCUUCUUCGGAUGCAUAGAAUGGAACACACAGACAGGAGAUAUUUAUACAUACGGAGAACAUGAAAAGGUGGAAGUAUGUAUACCAACAGGAAGAGUCUAAUCAGUUGAGAUGAGCUAUCGUCAGCAGGAGAAAAAAAACUUUUUGAAGUGAUAAUUAAGAUGACCCAUAGAAGGUGUGAGGAGAACUUAACAUAAGGAAAUAGAUUCAAUUAGUGUAAUGACCCAACCAUUUCCAGUCUCUGUUUAGCAUGGGGAAAUGGUUUUUGCUCAUCCACUCCCAGUCUUUAUUCAAGCCUAAUUUAAUGGUGUCCAGUUUGCAAAUUAAUUCCAAUUGUGCAGUUUCUCUUUGGAGUCUGUUUUUUAAGUUUUUUGUUGAAGAAUUGCGACUUUGAGAUCUGUAAUUUGAGUGACCAGGGAGGUUGAAGUGUUCUCCGACUAGUUUUUGAAUGUUAUAAUUCUUGAUGUCUGAUUUGUGUCCAUUUAUUCUUUUGCAUAGAGACUGUCCCGUUUGGCCAAUGUACAUGGCAGAGGGGCAUUGCUGUCACGUGAUGGCAUAUAUCACAUUGGUAGAGAUAUUCCACUGCAUGCAUCCGAUGAAGUGGGUUUGAGCCCACAAAAGCUUAUGCUCAAACAAAUUUGUUAGUCUCUAAGGUGCCACAAGGAUGCCUCAUUCUUUUUUCUGAUAUAGACUAACAAGGCUACCACUCUGAAACCUGUCACAAUAUGUAUUGUAUUUUAACUUCUCUUGAAAUGUAUAUGUAAUAAAGAUAACUGGGAAAAUUCA